AUGAACAAUUAUAAUGAUAAUAGAGAUUUAAGCUCAUUGCAACUUGAAGAAUUAGAAUCAGUAGUUGGCAUCAAUGAAAAUCAAUCGAAUAAUGAAAGGUCUUUCCCCGAAUGUUUCUGGAUAAAUCAAAAUAUUAAAAAUAAAACAACGAUUUAUAACGAAUCACUGCCUGCUAUGUACACGUUAUCCGUAAUUAACAACCAAGACUAUUCAUUAUUCAAUAAUAUCAUUCAAUCUUAUGAAGAUUCUCAUGAACGUUCAUUUAAUCCUAGAGAUUGGUUAAUUGCAGAUUCACUUUCAAGAAGACUACGAGCUCCACGGCAAAACGAAUUUCUCUACCGUCUUUUAGAACAUCCAUGUUAUGCAUCUUGUCUAACGUGGUUAAAUAGAAAUGAAGGUUUAUUUAAAAUUCAUGAUCCUGAACGUGUAGCGACACUUUGGUCACGAGUUAAAAAUCGAAGAACAAAUGGAGUUAUGACUUACGAUAAAUUCGCACGUGCAUUAAGAUUUUAUUAUAAAUCAGGAUCAAUGAUAAAAACACAUAAAAAACAUACAUUCCGUUUUAGACUACCUCUACAUAGUGCCUGUUAA